UUAAUUGUACUAUCUUUCGUCUCUGUCUCUGUUUCUCUCCCACACACACAUGGCUAAAGGUCUUGUACUACUCAAUUUCAUUUUCUUUCUAAUACUUGGUUUCAUUUUCUGUGCAACUGAAGCUCGUCCAUUUAACAUCUUCAACUCGCGUACCACUGCUAGCGGAGGUAUUAAGGGCCUUGUUGACGGGUUAUCCCUAGGUGCCAUCAAGAGUUCAAGUUCGAGCCCCGGCGAAAGGCACAAAUUUAUCAACCAUGAAAUACUUGGAGGAAUUAAGGACUCUGGUCCGACUCCCGGCCAAGGACACAAAUUUACAAAUGGAGGAAUUAAAGUCUCUGGUCCGAGUCCCGGUCAAGGACAUGCAUUCACCAAUGCUCAAACACUCGGAGGGAUAAAGGACUCUGGUCCAACACCUGGUCAAGGACACGCGUUUAUUAAUGCUAAAACUCUCGGAGGAAUUAAGGAUUCUGGGCCGAGCCCUGGCGAGGGAAACAAUCAUGUUGCUGGGAAGCACUAGUGAUUCACUCAUACCUCCUCUUGUUUAUAAUAUUCUAAUUAAUUCUUAUCUUCUUGUUGGAUUUUUUCAUGUAAUGUACUCAAGUUAAAUGAUCAAUUAUUAAUAAUUCUUUUUAAAAGUAUUGUUGUAGAUUUUCUUAUAUGCAGUAUUUUCGCAUUAACACUUGUGGGCCUUCUGCCUUCAUUUUAAUGGAGAACGACAAUAUAUCCUUCCCUAAAAAUGAAGGAAUUUGUUAGAGCAUCAGCAGUACAUUAAAAUAUUUUUUUUGUGUAAAAUAGACACGUGUAAUUUUUUUUUUUUUUUUUUUUUAUCUUUAACAGUCUGUUAAGAUGGCUUCGGUCUAUUUCCAACGUAGGCAUUUUUCUUAGUUUGACAGGACGCCUUUAUUAAUACAAGUUUUGGUCAAUAUUCUCUAUACAAGCUCCAAUUUUAUUGGGUGUCCGAGAAGGGACGGCUGAU